AUGCCAAACACUUUAUCUUCUUCAUACUUGAAAGAUUCCGUAUGGAAACCAGACUUGUUUAAGGAUAAAGUUGUUUUUGUUACUGGUGGUGCAGGAACAAUAUGUAGAGUUCAGACAGAAGCAUUAGUUUUGUUGGGUGCAGAUGCAGCUAUAAUAGGAAGGAAUAUAGAGAAGACCGAGUCUGCAGCUAAAGAGAUUGCCCAAUUGAGACCAGGAGCCAAGGUUCUUGGUUUGGGAAAUAUUGAUGUACGCAAGGUUCAUAGUUUGAAGGAAGCAGUCGACAAGACAGUUGCUGAAUUAGGGAGAAUCGAUUAUGUGAUUGCGGGCGCCGCCGGUAACUUUUUAUCCGAUUUUAACCACAUGUCGGCAAACGCUUUCAAGAGUGUUAUCGAUAUUGACUUGUUGGGUUCCUUUAACACAGUUAAAACUUGCUUUGAGCAAUUGAGAAAGAAUAAAGGUGCAGUGAUUUUUGUUAGUGCUACCUUGCACUAUUACGGUAUUCCCUUCCAGGCGCACGUUGGAGCGGCAAAAGCAGGUGUCGACGCUUUGAUGAAUGCUCUUGCAGUUGAAUUGGGUCCAGUGGGAAUACGUCUCAAUUGUAUCGCUCCAGGACUUAUUGGAAAUACCGAAGGUGGUGCUCGCUUGAAUCCACCUACUGAAGUCCCAUUGGACCAGAAAGUCCCUAUUGGAAGAAUAGGUACUACUACAGAUGUUGCUGACUCUACAGUUUACUUAUUUUCUCCUGCUGCGUCAUAUAUCACAGGAACAAUCACCGUUGUUGACGGAGGUUUAUGGCAAGUUGGUGGAUUCUUGGGUGAAUUGUAUCCCUCCGUUGUCAAGAUGCAAAAUGAAGACCCAGAGUCCAAGUUGUAA